AUGUUCAGCUUUUGAGCAUGAUAGCAGCAGACACUUUUCUUCACUGUAAAAAGCAGUAAUGAGUGAAAAAAUUAUUUGUGGAGGAUUUACAGACCCCAGGCCUGCUAAUGGGGAAAUUUCUAUGCUUUCUAGUUGGAUGUGGAACAUUUCAGAGGGAGCGACCAACAGAAAGUUUAAUGAAUUCACAGCAGUUGAAUAUCGGUCACAAGUUGUGGCAGGUAUAAACUAUGUCAUCAAGGUUAAGGUGGGAGAAAACGAUUAUGUCCACCUGCAGAUCUUCCAAAGCCCUCUGCUGGGGAACACAAUUGAAACUAAAUUUGAGGGAGCGCAGGCUGGCUACAAACAAGAUGAUCCUCUCGAACCAUUCGAUUCAUUUGUCAGAAGUAAAAACUGAUCCAGCUUCCUCCAGACAGCUGCUUCAAAGAAAAAUGUCUUUGCAUUGUCAUGAGCAAGAUUGCGACAACAAUACUUGGUUAUAUAAUACAGGACGAGUCGAAUCUCUGCAUCACUUGGGGAUGUCAAAUGUCCUAAAAUGGCUCA